CGACGAAGACAAACCACGAAAAACUCUCGAUGCAAUUUCACGCUUCAAUACAGAAACACCCAACAAGCACAACCGUUGCAACAACAAAUACGAAUUCAAGAUGAUUGCCGCUCGUCGUAUCGCUCAACAAGGUAAGAAUAGACRAUUAUAUGCGACUCUAAUGAUAUACGAUGAAAGAAAGAGAGACGAUSACCGCAGCGAUGGAAGCACAACCUUACGAUGGUCAUCGGCAUAGAGAGGUUCGCCAACAUAUCUUCGGCAUCGGCGCCUCUAUUUUGCAAGACGUGGGUUUUAUGUAGUAGGGAAUUCACGCAGCAGUACGGUGCACACCAGAUUCGUCAUGAACCAUAGGAAAACCCAAUAUCUACCACGGCAAAACAUUUUAAUACAAAAACCCUGCUGACAACCAAGUUCGUUUGUUAUUGYUUUCGUUUCCUCCAGCGGGUGUCCGUGCUUACAGCUCCACCGCUGGUGCCUUCAGCGCUGGAAAGGUCACCACAGUUAUUGGUGCCGUUGUGGAUGUUCAAUUUCCCGACAAGCUUCCCAAAAUUUUGAAUGCCCUCGAGGUUGAAGUCCCCGAAGGAAAUGAGAGAUUGGUCUUGGAAGUYGCCCAGCACGUAAGUACCGUGGAAGCRAUKUUUAACACCAGAGUCUAGCUAGCAAUAUUGUGAGGUAAAGAGAGCUAGCGUAGUMCACAAGCAGUAACGCAUUAUCUCAAYUUUUCCGUCAUUUUCUAUUCCAGUUGGGAGAAAACACCGUGCGAACGAUUGCUAUGGAAAGUACCGAUGGUCUUGUCCGUGGACAAAAGUGCGUCGAUACCGGUGCCCCUAUUCAAGUGCCUGUCGGACCUUUGACUUUGGGACGUAUCAUCAAUGUCAUCGGUGAACCCGUCGAUGAAAAGGGACCCAUCUUCGCUGACGAAAAGGAGAAGAAGUUCGCCCCUCUUCACAGAUCCGCACCAACUUUCACCGARCAAGGACGUUCGCAGGAUAUCCUUGUCACCGGAAUUAAGGUUGUCGAUCUUCUCGCGCCUUACGCCAAGGGAGGAAAGAUUGGUCUUUUCGGUGGUGCYGGUGUUGGUAAGACCGUUGUUAUCAUGGAACUUAUCAACAACAUUGCCAUGAACCACGGAGGAUACUCCGUUUUUGCUGGUGUAGGUGAACGCACCCGUGAAGGAAAUGAUUUGUACCACGAAAUGAUUGAGGGAGGUGUCAUCAAAAUCGACGAAAAGACCGGAUCCACCGAAGGUUCCAAGGCUGCCCUUGUGUACGGACAGAUGAACGAACCUCCAGGUGCCCGUGCCCGAGUUGCCCUUACCGGACUCGCUAUCGCCGAGUAUUUCCGUGAUGAAGAAGGACAAGAUGUGCUUCUUUUCGUUGACAACAUUUUCCGAUUCACUCAAGCCGGUUCGGAGGUGUCUGCCCUUCUAGGACGUAUUCCAUCCGCUGUCGGUUACCARCCCACCCUUGCCACCGACAUGGGUGCUUUGCAAGAACGUAUUACAUCCACAGGAAAGGGAUCCAUUACAUCUGUCCAGGCCGUUUACGUGCCUGCUGAUGAUCUUACCGAUCCUGCCCCUGCCACCACUUUCGCUCACUUGGAUGCCACCACUGUGUUGUCCCGAUCCAUUGCCGAACUUGGAAUUUACCCUGCUGUCGAUCCCCUUGACUCCACCUCUCGUAUGCUUGACCCUCGUGUGAUCGGAGACGAGCACUAUGAAGUCGCCCGUGCUACCCAGAAGCUUCUCCAAGAUUACAAGGGUCUUCAAGAUAUCAUUGCUAUUUUGGGAAUGGAUGAACUUUCGGAAGACGAUAAAUUGACCGUCAGCCGUGCCCGAAAGGUUCAGAAGUUCAUGUCCCAACCUUUCCACGUCGCUGAGGUUUUCACCGGAACCGCAGGAAAGUUUGUUUCCCUGGAAGAYUCCAUCAAGGGUUUCAAGGAAAUCAUCAAUGGAGAUUACGACCACCUCCCAGAAGUUGCCUUCUACAUGGUUGGAGGAAUCGAAGAUGUCAAGGAGAAGGCUGCAUCCAUCUAAAACCUGCAAACUGAGAUUGAUUGAAGUCAUUUUAUCAUCAAAAAGAAAUACUYGGAACCGAAUCGAUCGAUAUUUGGUUGUCAUAACCCUCAUUCGAAACUAGACUACAUUUUGUCUUAU